CAUUGAGGAAUGGAGGAUCCUCAAUUCUUUAUCGGUCAAGAAGAAGAAGAAAAAAGAAGAAAAUUUGAAAGUCACAGACCCAGCACACACACACAGCACGCACUCACUUACCAGAAACCGAGUGGGCUCAGCCAACAGGUGCGUAUAGCUGUUGGUGUACCCUAUGCUUCGCAGUCAGUUUGGAGGGUGUCCUCCUGCCGCCAAGUCAUGACCUGUCGUUCUCCAAGACAUUUUAAUUCUGAUUCCAUCAUCAUGCCAAUAAGGUUUAGCGUUUUAUUCUGCACCGGCUUGUUGAUCUUGACCGUGAUGGCCGAUCUCAAAGGCCAGCCGGAUCUCACUCAAGUGACUGUCAAUUUGGAUUCCAUCAAAGAAAAUGUUGAACAAGAACCUACCGCUGCUGCUGCUGCUCCAAUCCUCUGCGAGUGUGAAUUUUUCGUCCAAUCGUGGAAGACAUCUCACAUGAUCCGGUUACCUAUGGGUAUUCAGCCUGUUCGGGCCAACACAACUACUCAGACGUCUGAUAGUGAUUUGUGCCUACUACUUUGUCAAAAUCAGUUACCGCCGUUACCCGAAGACGAGAAGGAAAGCAAAUGGGCUCGGAUUUUCAAAGGCGCUUGCCGGACGUUGUUGGCCAAUGAAUUGACUUCCCGUCACGGACUUGCCCGAAUGACGAACGCUCUCGGACCUUCAACGACCGGAAGCGAUGAUGAGGAACCCGUUCGCGGCUGUUUACAAGCUUUCGCACGAUCGACUCACACUCGCAUUUGGGUCCCGAUGGGCCUCCAGUAUCGUAAACUUCUUUCGUGCAGUCAUCCGCGUCACCGACGGAGUUUGACGGAAGGGCGGAAAGUGUCAAACAGUAAAAGUUCACUCAACAGCGUCGAUGCUCAGAGCGCCGUGGACGCUGUCGUCGUUGAAGCGGCCCAGCCAUCAGUCUCAGCGGCUGCUACUGCGCAGUCGGAUCAAAGCUCAACGGCCAAACCCUACGUUUCGCCUCUGAGGCUCCUGUUGAAACGGAUGGACAUUUUCGGUCCGGUCACCGAAAGUCUGGUGGACGUGUUCGACAACGGCGCCUGGCGCGAAUUGCUCAGCACUUUGGCCCUGGACUCGUACGUCGAUCGAUACCAGCGAAUAGCCGUCGACUACCCGCAAGAGAUCGACAUUGGCCACUGCUAUUUCGAAUAUUUUACCUACAACGUUUUCAAUAAUCGUUUCGCCCGCAAGUCCGGCAGCAGCCGAGGGCUGGAAGAUGACGCCGUCGGUUUCCUGGUCAACGCCGCCACCGGAUUCCUCAAGAGCGACAACGCUUCGCAAAUUCUGACUUCACUUUUCUCCAAGAUUCCGUCUUCCGGCAACAGCAAACGAGUGGAGCGCCAGGAAGAAGCGGCCGAGCAGAAAGCUCCGCCCAAUCCGCAAGAAGUCGCCAUGUCCAUCGCCCGCUUCUACCUGCGCCACUAUUUCAGCAGUUUGAUCGGAAGUAAAGUCCAGCUCAACAAGGAAGACCCCAUCAACAAUCCGGAGAGCAUAGCCGACAUGAUCGAACAAGUCAGCAAACCAGUUUUCCUCUCCGUCUUUGGCGUCGUUCCGGGUGCUCCGGCUUCCGGCAAUUUAGGUCACCUACUGACAAUGAGCUCAUCCGAGGAGGCCGAAGUGGCCGAAGUGACCGAGGACCUUGCCAACAACGACAUUGGCAUAAGACCGCCGGAAUUCCGCAACAAACUCGUCCCGACGGGACCGACCAGAGCGUCCGACGGUUUGAUCGAAUCGAUCCCAACUCUCGGCACGGGCAAUUCGUUUUUCGAUUUCGGCAACAGCUUCGUGGCCACGUUCCAACGGGCCAGUGACGCCACUCACGGUCUCUAUUGCGCCAAACAGUACGCCGUCAACAAGGUGUGGAAAUUUUUCAGCGGAUUCAUGCGCAAAAUGAUGAGGGAUAUCCCCAAAGCUGGGUGAUACUAUAUCUCUUAUGACAGCUCGGCCUUAUUUAUUUGAAUUGAAUUGAUUGUUUCAUUUGACCUUUGGCAGCUCUUCAUUUUUUUUAUUUUUUUUUAUUGAUGCAUUGGUUUUCUUAUUUAUGUCUAAUACAACGUGUGUCGUGAUUAUAA